AAUAUUGCCCUUAUCGAGAGGCGAACCAGAGCAAGCUCUUUACGUGCACUUUCUUCCGCAAAAAUUUCGUCGCAAAAGCAAACAAAAUUACUCGCGAAUACAAACAACGGGUUCAGCGAACCACGUAGUGGUGAUACAUUUCGAAAUCGGUUCCUCAUUUCUUCCCGGUAGGCCUGUAUCUAGAAAGCCGUCAAGAUAAAGCCCCAAGCAGAGCAGCAGCAGCAGCAGGCGGAAGAAAGGACGGAAAGAGAAAGUGUGUCGUCGUCCCCGGACACUUCAUCGUCGUCUACUUCCGCCGUAGCGCUGCAUCAGCUAGCUGCCGAAUCUUCACAUCAACAGCUUGAGUUGCAUCUCGAACAGGGCUGUUCCUCGCAUCAAUCCACGGAACAGGGACCGAUCGCUAGUAGCAGUAGCAGCAGUGAGCUAUUGCUGGUGGUGUCACAACAAAACGAAGACGCAGUUUCUGCUGCUCGAGUAGAAACACCUCAGGACGGGAUUACUGAUACUGCAGACGACAGCUCAUUGCUGAAAGUCUGCGAACAGCACCAAUCACAGCAGCUGCAACCAGAGGAACCGACUCCUGGUAGCAGUGCUAGCAGCCGACAGGGUAGUCCUCCGAAGGAAACGAUGCCAGUCCGGGUUGAUAUCGUGCCACCUCCGCCGAACAACUCGAAACAACUGGGCGUUACCAAAUCGCUCCUCUACAAUGGGUCCAAGUUCCGGGGAUUCCAAAAGUCCAAAGGAAACUCGUACGAGGUGGAAGUCGUAUUACAGCAUGUGGACGAGGCCAACUCGUACCUUUGUGGAUACCUCAAGAUAACUGGACUGACCUUUGAGUUCCCCACGCUCACAACCUUCUUUGAUGGCGAGAUUAUUUCUAGGAAGUAUCCAUUUCUCACCCGCAAAUGGGACGCCGAUGAGGACGUCGAUCGAAAGCACUUUGGGAAAUUUGCCGCUUUUAUGGACUAUCAGAAGAAUUUCAACUCGGACGACUUCGAUUACGAUGCACUGGAGAAAAGCGAUUACGUUUUCAUGAGAUGGAAAGAACACUUCCUGGUACCUGACCAUAAAAUAAAGGACAUCAACGGAGCUUCGUUUGCUGGCUUCUAUUACAUUUGCUUCCAAAAGUCGCGGGCGGUCAUGGAAGGUUAUUAUUACCACAGAUCCUCGGAAUGGUACCAAUCACUCACGCUGGAGCACGUUCCCGAAUCCUGCAUUCAGAUUUACGAGUUCAGAUAAGCAUAUUUCGGAUGGUCUAGAUUCGAAACCUACAAAUUACGAACGAUCUGGUUGGUAGAUUCGACGAUUCUACAAUUAGGGCUUUUCUUUGACUAUCGGAUGUUAUCCAAUUAAGACAAUGGAGACAAAAGAGAAAAAUUAACAAAAACGUUGCAGCUAAGUUCCCAUUAACAACAUUCUGUGCCAGUAGCGUACACAUACAACUAUAGAAAAUCGGCAUACAUCAAAGAGAGGAAAAAGUAAGUAGAGCUUUUGCAAUGAUACUGUUUUGCAAUCUAAUUUAACGAAACCAGAAGUCACACAAAUCUUCAGUGAGUUCUCUGUAGAAGUAAACCGCGCAGAACACUGUUGCUACCGACUGCUUAUAUAGAACACAUAAUUUGAAAUACUUGACCGGUGUCAAAGGCGAAUAUCAUUAAGAAUAAUUAGAGCAAGUUUUAAACUACCGAUUAUGCAGUUUACUUUCCCUUGCUCGACAUCCAAGAGGGAAUUUAGUGUUCCUUCGUCUUGGCUUAUGGCGUUCCAACUGGAUACUGGGUACUAGAGAGGGUCUAGUAUAAGAGAGAAGCGGAUUCAAAACAAACGGCCUUGGCAACCUAUGCCUAGGUGAUUACUAGCAACACUGCCAAUGCAAUCAAGAUAGGUGCUGCACGAUUGGCUCUGGCUUUGACAGUUCGUUUGGCUCAAAACCAGCCAGUCCGCUUCUCUCUUAUACUAGACCCUCUCUACUGGGUACUAUAUCCAACCCGCCCUUAGCAUGGCCUGCCUACACUUUAAAACACAAGCAAGCUUAAAUGAGUUGGAGACAAUAUCCAGCAUGGGAGAGUUGACUGCAUUGAAAUUUUUGAUAGUUGAAUAAAGGAAAUCACAAAUAUUUUCAAUUUUUGCUGCUUAUUAAUGUACGAAGAACAAAUGUAACGUUUAUAAAUAGUAACGAAGUGUUGCAAAAAAAAAAGAAAAUAAAACAAAACAAAAAACAUAGAGUUGUAUAUUUUAAGAAGCAGCACGAGAACGUUCUUCGAUCCACAAAUAAUCAAGUUAAUCAAUUUCAAUCUACAUACAAAAUAGGAUACAAAACUCUACCUGAAUGCCAUUAUAUUACCUUUAUGGAUAAUUUAAUUAGAAAUUUUGUAACUGUAUAAAAAAAACCUUAAAUGUGGAUUGAACGCUACCCGUUAAUCAAUAACCUUCAGUGGUGAGCUCGAACACCAAGUCAGUCUUAAAAAUGAACAAAGAUAUGUCGCACCGCGGAAAGGAAAGCAAACGAAAGAGACUGUCACAAGACGAUGAAACCAGCGAAUGAAUAGGAAUAGCAUUUCCCUGCGCAGUAACCUAUUGUUUUAGAAAUUAAUAACUUGUUUUUUGUUGUUGAACGCAUCACACAUUGUAGAAUCACAAUAGCUAAAUCACAAAAAAAAACCCAAGGAAAAAAACUACCACAUUUUGAUUUGUUUCGUUCGGAUGUUCAGAGACAUUCGAGUGCGCUUAAAGCUAAUGCGAAUUCAUCACUCCAUUGCGCGAUAUGUUGAAUGUAUCGGUCGAAUGCCAUAAAAACGUGUAUGUUCGAAAACAGAAAAUUGAAAGGCAUUGUACAUGAUAUUAAUAGACGUAAUAACAGAGUACUACUCCCUAUUCAUCAACAGUUUGGGUCAAGAGGUACGUAUAUAUUUUCAAUAAAAUUAACCGCACCCAUUUUGCGGAAAACACUACAA